AUGACUUCCCAAAUCACCACACAUAAUCCUGGAACCAACUGCAUCAGACGGACUGUCGAGGUUUCUAUCACUUCUGCCGAUAGGUCUAAUCUUAAGGACAGCAAUGAUGAGGUGUUGGACAUCAAAUCUUCCGCUCGACUGCAUGAUGGGCGCCAAAGAGUCUGGAAAGGCAUCUAUGGGCGAACCACCGAUGAUAAUGCUACGAACAGACCAUCAAUUGGUAUUUUCGUUCCUGAAGCAAGUCAUCUUUGUCAGAUCACUGUCGACAAUCCCGCCAGCACUGGUACACAAAGCGAGGAAGUGUCUUGCACUGCCGGAUAUAUUGACAUGAAUCCCAGCGCUCAUACAGCCUUAUUCAUCUCCGCAGCCGAAGCUCAGAACUCCAGCCUCAAGAAAUUCGAUCCUUCGGUUGAUCUAUCUGAAGCGAGUCUUGGUAAUUCGCCACAGGACUAUAAAACUCACAACCGGAUGUUCCGCUUCGAAAUUGGGCAUGCUGUCACCCAGCCUCAAGAUGGACAAAGUACAGGUUUUAGAUCUUGUAAAUCUUUCAAAGAAGUAGGGGUAUUCCCUCACAAACGUAUGCGAGAGGGAGCCCCUUGUUAUACAGAAGUGGAGAUGCACGGACCACUAGUUGCAUCUAGGUUCUAG